UACACGCCCCUGGAUCCCAACUCGGCAUCAAGAUAAGUCUCAGAGGCAGUUAAUCACGAGCGUAUAGGCAGACAAACAUUACAUUUAUUUUUUUUUAUUAGUGCCAAGGAUUUAUAAUGGAAGAACGCCCGAACGAUCUAGAAGCAGGCGGGUCUCAUAUAGAAGAUAAAAAUGGCCACUCUAAAAUACUCACUCGGUUGGAGACCGUUCCUGAUAUCAAAAGAGAUACUUCAGGGAUCACUACCCAGUAUAUUGCUACUGGAAUCGUAAAUCUUGGGGCUUUCGCAUCUGGCGUGUGCGUCGCUUGGACUUCGUCAGCAUUGCCUCUUAUGAUAUCUGGACAGUAUGAGACGCAGCCAGCCCGAUCGUCAGAUGUUUUUACAUCAAACAAUGGAACACACACCAAAAUUAUGCUCACGGAAACAGAAGCAUCAUGGGUGGCGUCUCUGCUGUGUUUGGGAGCGUUAUUCGGGGCUGUUCCUUCUGGUCUCAUCUCAGAAUAUUUUGGACGAAAGAAAACAUUACUUUAUCUUGCGCUGCCUUUGGUGGUCUCAUGGAUCUUAGUCGCUUCAAGUCCUAACGUCUACGGCUUGUACGUGGGCCGUUUCGUUAGUGGCGUGGCCGUAGGAGCUUUCAGCGUGGCGAUACCACCGUAUAUUGAAGACAUAGCCGAGACGAAUAUUUUACCUGCAUUGGCCAAUUUCUACCACGUGCAAUUUGCUGCUGGGGUACUUUUUGGCUAUAUUAUUGGAUUGGUCCAGAGCGCUUCGUGGCUGUCGGUACUAUGCGCUAGUAUACCCAUAUCCUUCUUCAUUGGAUUCAUAUUUCUUCCGGAAUCACCAGCUUACCUGAUGUCUCAAGGGAAAUUCCCCGAAGCAAAAGCGGCGUUACAAUACUUCAGAGGUAUAGACAACGACGUGGAUUCGGAAAUAAAAGAAUUAAAGGAAUACGUCAGGAAUUACGGAAGAAAUAAAGUCACAUUUAGGCAGCUUUUCACUUCUAGAACUACUAUUAAGCCAUUGAUCGUCUCUUUUGGGUUGAUGAUCUUUCAGCAGAUGAGCGGUAUCUAUCCAAUUCUCUUCUACGCCGAGAAGAUCUUUAAGAACUUCGCUAUAUCGUUAAAUUUACCAAGUGCAACUAUUAUUCUUGGUUUAUGCUUUGUUACAUCUAUGUACUUCUCAACUAUGUUCUUAAAGAAGUUUAGAAGACGCGUGCUAUUACUAAUAUCUUUUACACUAAUGGCACUUAGUUUGGGCACGUUAGCGAUGUUCUAUAAUUUAAAAGCCUCGAACCUAUCAGCUCAUAAUACGUGGGUACCUUUGUCCACAUUAUGCAUAUUUGUAUCCGUAUAUGCGGUAGGUGCAGGGCCAAUACCUUGGUUGAUGUUACGUGAGAUUUUUGCACCUAACGUAAGGCGACGAGCGACAGCUCUUACCGCUGGAUUUCACUGGUUUUUUGCCUUCGGAGUUACGAAGUUAUACCAAAAUUUAAUACACUUGGUUAGUCCGGGAUGGACGUUAUGGCAUUUUGCUGUUACUAGCCUGAUUGGAACCAUUUUUGUAUACUUUUUUGUACCUGAGACUAAAGGAAGAACGUUGGAAGAGAUACAUAAUGAGUUUGACGGUAUACAUAAAAGGAAAAGGCAUAGGCAUGUUAUUGAAGUCGAGACUGUUUCAGUGCAAUGAGUUAUUUCUUUAACAGAAUGUAGAACACAAAAUAUUGUUUUUUUUGUAUCUAGUAUGGAUUUAACCGUCUAAUUUCUAUAAUGAUACAAUUAUUGUCUCACACCUUUACUAGAGCAUUUUGUAGCAGAAGAGUUUAUUUGAUUAUUCAUCAUGAUGUCGGCAUUGUGACUCUUUAAAAGUCCAUUAAUUAAGUUAACAUUUUUCGAAAUAUAUUUAUAUAUAUAUUUUAAAUAUGAGUAAUCCUUAUCUUACUGAUAAGGAGAUUGAAAAUAUUGCACUUGUCAUAUAUUUGUAGAUAGUCUCAAAAUAACUCAACGCAACAAUAUAAUGUUAAAGUACUAUUCACACGUUUAGGGCAAGGAUUAUAAAUGAGCACGUGUAAAAUCACGUAGAAAAAAAAAACUAACUGACAAAAUCACUUUAAUGCUAUUACGAGUAUGUUUUGUUGAAUUGUCUUUUGAGACCAAUAACCAGCGUGUCGUUAGAAACGAUAAAUAUUUUAUAACAUACAAAUAUUCAUUAGGCUUUUUGAUGAUAUUUUUGUAAUCUAUGCCUUACGUUUUUAAGACUAAAACUAGAGAAUAAGUUUUAAACCUAGUUAAUAUUUAUUUUUAUUAAAGGACUCACGGCGAUAUUUAUUUUUACGAGAAUUAUUUUUAUAUAAGUUUCGAGUAGCAUCAGUAUUUGUUAAAAAAGUUACUACUUAAUUAGCUAUACGAUUAUUAUAUUUAGGGAAAUUUGGAGCGAAAUAUUGUCUAUAUAAGUUAUAUAUUUAUUUCAAUACAUGAUUUGUAAAUAA